UUCUGUUUACGCACCAGUGGGCACGUAUUUAUUCGGGUGGAAUUUCUAUAAACAUCAUAAUAUAAAAGACGAACACGGAGUUAAUCUUUCCUAUUGUAACAAUGGCAGUUGAUAAUAAACACCAACACAGAAAAAAACGUUCAUAUUUAGUACAUGUUUGACAUAGAAAAUGGACAGUAAGGACACCGAGAGGGUUAUGUCCGCCAGACUGGCCCGAGUGUUGGAUGAUAUCGGAGUAAGUGAGUAGAUAAGAGCUAGGAGGAGAUAUUUUUUUCUAAUGAGAGAGUCAAUGAUGUCAAUGACAUUCAAUAUGUUAGAAAAAGAUUUUAUCUUUUUUGUCGCCGGAAGCCAACGCGAGGGUACUACAACAAUCGGUAUGGACUCGGACAUUGAUUUCUUUAUCAAUUCAAAUGAACUUCCUGUAAUUCUCGACUGGAGCAAAUGGCAACAUGGAAAACGCAACCUUCUAGUUGUUAAACAUGAAAACACACCACCGCAGCAUUGCUGGCUUCAGAUGACCAAAUCCGACAUCCCGAUGGGCGAAGAAGAUAUUGACGCACCUAAUCUGUUCGACUGUGAAGGCAGACUACUACUGAUGAACAACGGUAGUCUUGAUAACACCGACCUUCAAAAAAUAUUUGGUUCUUUCGAACGGAAUGGUCCCGAGCUAUCAUUGUACAAUGACGUAGACAUUGUGAAAGGCUUCCACUGUUCUGAGUCACCAAAAGAUUGCCAGGUUUUGUUCAAUAGACCACGCCCAGGACACUGGCCAAAGACAAACACCAUCGAAAAGGCAAAAAUUGCCGGUGUGUUUUUGGUACCUCAGUGUUAUAAAGAGACGCCAUCCAAUCCCACGAAAGACCGAUCUACAGCGCUUACGGCACCAUCGUGUCUUGCAAGUGGUCCGUCAGGUCUAUUGGAAUGGAGAUUUUCGACACUUCCAAUAGAAAGGUUCCUUGUGUCAGACUUUAACAUAGUUCAGUUGAAAGUGUUCACGUUCAUGAAACUCUUUCGAAAAGAGUUUAUCAAGCCUUAUUUUAAAGAUCGUCUCAGCACGUUUCACUUGAAAACAGCUAUGUUUUUUACCGUGGAAAGCUACCCGUCAGACAUAUGGAGAGAAGACAAUAUUAUUCAAUGUGUUAAAUACUGUUUUACAACACUGCUCCGUUGGUUCAAGAUCAAAUUGUGUCCACACUACACGAUAGCAAAUGUGAAUCUGUUUACAGGCAAACUCUUAAAGUAUGAACUUAAAAUUUUAGGAGAUAUGCUAUCUGCAGUUAUAAGUUCCCAUUUCCAUUGGUUAUCUAUUCUUGCAAUCGAUAAAAUCGGACAAAGAUUGUCUCAAAUUAGUUCCGACGAACAAACGAUCGGUACUAAUCACGAAACAAACUUAUCUGUUCUUAAGAAAUUGUUUCUACAACAUGGUGUAGAAGAAGUAGAUGACCUGUUAGGAAUAACUUUAAACGUUGACACAAAUCAACGUUUUUUCAUUUAUUUACAAGCAUUGUCGACGUUGCUCACAAUUUCAGAGCAUAGAUCGUCCAUAGAACAGAAGGCUGCCUCCUACCUUAUAUCCAAUAUUUGUUCAAACGUUGCCAUAUAUCUUGCCUCCACGUGCAUACGUCAAAAUCAGCAGAUCUCUUCACACAUUAUAAACUGGUUUGGUUAUUCGUUGAAAACAGGCUUAUUUUCGAACAAACUGAAAUUUGCGUCCACAUUGUAUUGCAGUGGACAGUAUGAACAAGCAACAUUAUUUCUAAUGUUGAUUGAGGGAGAACUUUUAGAGAGAAAACUUAGCCUAGACACAGUUAUCAAAACUACAAGUGUUUCAGAUAUUUUGAACAUCCGGGAAUACCUUGUCACCGAUGUGGACUUUACAAUUCAUGACAUUUUAUGUGUUCCAAAACAUCUGAGGUAUGAACAAAUAAAAACAGAAGAAGACAGAGAUGCUUUGGAUAUUCUAGGUCUACUAUUUAGAUCAAACCUCGUUAUUGACUGUAUUGCGUUUUUGUACUACCUGCAAUACCUGACGUUUAUGAAGCUAAAUAAUACUGUCAGGAUGGCAGAGGCGUUAGAGGACCUAGAUAAUUAUGUAUCUGAGAACACCGGACCUUUUUGGGAAGCCUCGCUAAAUGUUCUCGGCCAUUGCUAUGAACUGGAAAACGACGUUCAAAAGGCUGUUGACUGUUACUCUGAGUCACUAGACAUUGCGCCGACAAAUAAUGCGGCCAAGUGGCAUAGGGCAAGGCUUUGUCGGGACUUCUUGCAUGACGAUUGACCUAAAUGGAGCAGAAUACAUGUUUGAAUGAUUUACCUGUAGUGGAUUAACUGUAAAUCAAACAGUGACACGUUUAUUUAAGAGCAAAACUUUUAUGUUGUUACCUCGUCAGCAUUUAUGUUUAUACAUUAAAAAAUAUUUCCGUGA